GUUUGUAAUAGCGAUGAAUGAUGAACAGGACCGGCCCUAUGGAUGCAGCGCUCCUGGCUGCUCGCAGGUGUGUGUGUGGACCUCUAGUAAAGAAUCUCCUCACCGCAUUAUGAUUUGAUAUCUAAUAUCUUAUUUUAGUCAGAUUUUAUACAUUUAUGCCACUUAACAAAUAAUUUCAUAAAUCUAUGUUUUAGUGAGCAUGCUAAGUUGAUCUCUCUCUCUAUUCGCCCCAUACAGCGGUUCCAAAGAGAAGACCACCUGAUGAUCCACAGACACAAGCAUGAGAUGACCCUGAAGUUCUCCUGCACCAAGGCUGAUCCCCUCGCAGGUGAGAAUAACAUGAAUAGAUGUAGACCGCAUAGAGAGGACAUUAGCUUUGUAAUGAUGAUUAUUUAUAUUCUGUUUGUUCUGUUUCCAGUCAAGGAUAAUCUCCACUACCAUAGAUUGUCCCUCUUUUUCCUUUUCUGUUUCACCCUGACUCUUUCUUUCUCACUUUCUCUGUCCCCCUGUUUCACCCUUAUUAACUUAUUACCCAGAGUUCUUUAUUUGUGUUUCACUAAUGUGCUCAGUCUGUCAGGAUUUUUUAGUGUAGAGUUUGUGUGUCUGACAAUAUUUCUCGUCCCUUCCGGCCAGUAGAAUACGAGUGUCCUUAUCAGUCUUAUCCCUCCCCCUCUCCUCCCUCCCCCAUUCCUCCCCCCUUCACCUCUCUGACCAGCUGUCUGUCACUCAAGCUUAGUGUUGUCUGGUUCAGGUGUGUGUGUCCGUGUGUGUAUGUCCGUGUGUGCGUAUGUGUGUGUGCGUAUGUGUGUGUGUGUGUGUGUGUGAACAUGUGCAUGCAUGUUCGUCUAUGUGUGUGUGUGUGUGUGUGUGUGUGUGUGUGUGUGUGUGUGUGUGUGUGUGUGUGUGUGUGUGUGUGCUUACGUGCUUGUAUGCGCGUGUGACCUCUCUUCAGUGGCUGAUGAAAUGUGAGGAUGAGAGGAUACAGUAUGAAACCAGAUAAGCUGUAUCUCUGACAAACAGAUGGAACUGGAUCCCAUAUGUACAGUAGCAUGACAUACAGAACAGUACAGUAAAAUGAUGACUUGUACCUGCUUUUGUAGUGAUAACAAGUAGAGGUAAGAUACUAUAGUAUUUGCAGCACAUACAGAGAUGAGAAGAGAACGGUUGGUUCACAACAUACUAGAGCACUGGUGGCCAAGGCUCAGCCUCAGACAAAAACACACUCUCAAUCGUGCAGGCCAGGGGAAAGCCCUGUCUGGCUGUUACCGUGGCAAUGGCUGUCUGUCUCUCUGGGCUGAAACAUCUCUGUUGACCUUUGACCCCCACCAGUCAGGUUCUAUCCUGCAGGGGUCUGUAGACACUCAGCCCUGGAGGAAAUCUCCUGUCAAAACAAAGGAGUGCCGAGCCUGUGACUCUUGACUCCUGACCUCGCAACCUUUCAACCCAGAUAGUUUAGACUACAGGUGAGAGAAUCAGUCUCUGUCUGAUCUUAUCUCGGUUACGAUGGUGAUCGCUCUGGGGUGAAGUUUCCCCUAAGUACAGAUCUAGGAUCAGCUUCCCCGCCCCCAAUCCUAGCCUUAACCAUUAGUGAGGAAGAUGUAAAACUGACUACAGCGGCUAUGGGCAACAUCAACCUACACCAUGGUGAUCUGCUCCUGAGCCUGUGGCUGGGAAGGCUGUCAUGGUGGUGUAGGGAAGGCUACACAAAGCAGGUUGAACAUAGUUCUAGUGAUGUUGAAACCAUGCUAGCUGUAAGCUGCCUGAGGUGCUGGUUUAGAUCUGUCUCUGCCAUAACCAAAACCUCUCUGUGUACUUCGACAUGGGCGUUUAGCCUAGUGGUUAAGAGCGUUGGGCCAGUUACCGAAAGGUUGCUAGUUUGAAUUCCUGAACCAACUAGGUGAAAAAUCUGUUGAUGUGCCCUUGAGCAAGGCACUCAACCCUAAUUUGCACCUGUAAGUCGCUCGGGAUAAGAGCUAAAUGACUACAAUGUAAAUGUAGCAAUAUCAUGGUUGUUAUGAUUUCUGUUUGAUGCUUAAUGUCUGUUUGCUCUCUCUGUGCUGUGUGUAAUCAGACCAGACCCCAACGCCGACCCGUUUCCUGCGUAACUGUGAGGAGGUGGGCCUCUUCAAUGAGAUUGAACAGGAGUUCCGCCAGGCACAGGAGGAGCAGAACAUUAAACAGGUUACACACAAAAAAACUACAUUCCCAUGAAAUCUCAGACAUAUACAGCAAGCGGAUGAGACUUUAACAUAUGCCGCGUUCAUAUGCUAGUCGGAACUAGGAAACUCCAAAAUGUCAGACUUUCUGAUUUGUUGAACGCGGCACAUGUAUAACUACAACCAGUUAGCAUGUCGGAAAUGUUUCCGACAUCAGAGUUUCCUAGUUCCGACUAGCAUGUGAACGCAGCAAUAAACUUAGAUAGACAUUGCAUCAUUGUAUCUGUCCAAUUAUGGCAUUUGUAAGAGCACUUGCAGGGCCAUUGAGGCCAUCUCUAUGAGUUGGCAAACAUUCUGAAAGGGUGCAUACUGCCACCUGGAGUGUGUUGUUUGAACAGGUAUAAAGCCAAGGUUGGCGAUUUACUGCCACCUGCAGUAAUGGAAUAUUUGCUCAAGAGUAAUUCAUUGGCUGAUCCCUCCUGGUGACCUGGAUGGAAUUAUGUGGUCCUUCCUUAACCCAUAGGAAGUUCCACCCAGUUGACUAGCCUACUUCAAAAUGGUGAAAGUCCUCAACUCAAAUAGAGUCUUCUAUCUCUAUGGACUUGAACUACAAAACUGUCAUUUAUCAUGACAGUAAUUACUGUACUAGCACAUUAAGCCAUAACCAUAGCCAGAGAGCAUACUGAUUGUCUUGCAUGCUAGGUUUAAAAUCAAAUCACAUUUCUAAAGCCCUUUUUACAUCAGCAAAUGUCACAAAGUGCUCUACCGAUACCCAGAAAGAGCAAGCAAGGUUUCUAGGCUCUCGUAUGAAACUAGCAAAUGGAACAUACAAACAAAUAUGAGUCCUUCACCAGGUUGGCAGGUAUUUUGAUUGACAGGUCUGGCAGGUAUUUUGAUUGACAGGUCUGGCAGGUAUUUUGAUUGACAGGUCUGGUAGGUAUUUUGAUUGACAGGUCUGGCAGGUAUUUUGACUGACAGGGACGUAUUGAGUGACAGGUUAGUGACAGACAGACACCAUUGACAGGUGCGGCAGGUAAGAAACACCAUGCGAUCACAUUCUUAUUAGCAUGGUAAGCAGCCAGACAGACUGACACACAACGGACAGACACACACACACACACGUGUGCACACGCACGCAUUCAUGCACACACACACAAUGCCACACACUCCAAGAUGUAAAAUUGGUAUGUAGAAGUGUGGAUUCUUUCAGAGUACAUAUUAAAACUAGUCGUCUUUUCCUCUUCUCUCAGACUCAGAGUCUCCCUCAGAAUGGAUCAUCAUGUGCAAACCAGCCCCAGCCCCACUCCCAACACCAACCACAGUCCCAACACCAACCACAGUCCCAACACCAACCACAGUCCCAUGGUGGUAUGAGGGGUCUCAGCUGCAGCAUGGCUGGACAGCAAGCACUGCCCUCUGCCCAGUCCAACUCAGUCAUCACACAGGCCCACUCCAUGCUCACACACUCAGGGUAAGUACACAGAGACAAAGAUUCAGACACACACACACACAAAAUCACACACACACAAUUACACGCCAAACACACACACAUCUCUUCAACAUGUUACUGUUGCCUGCUUCCUCUACCUUUCACCCCUCUCUCUCAUCUCUCUCUCUCCCUCCCUCCCUGUACCUCUCACCCCUCCCCUUCUGCUGUCAUAACCAUAACUCAUUCUGUCUGGAGCAGGCUGUCAUUCCCCAGACAGUCUAAUUUAUUAGGCCUUAAUGAAUUAGAGAGAGAGGGAGUGAGAGAGAGGGGGGGUGGGGAGAUGGGGGGAGAGAGAUACAUUGAAGAUAGAGAGAAGAUAGAUAGAGAUAUGGGGAGAUAGAUAACAAUUGAAGCAGAGAGAGAGAUAUAGAGAGAGAUGCGAUGCUAUCUAUCGAGAGAUCUAUAUACUCGACUGCUAUCUAUCUCUCUCUCUCGCUCUCUCUACGCUCUAUAGCUAUCUCCUAUCGCUCUCGCGCUAGCUCUUUGUGAGCGAGUCUGUGGCUCCUUUGCUAUUAAACUCCCAUUUGGUCCCCAUUCAACCCCCUCCCCCCUUUCUAUCACUCUGUCUUUCCCUUUGCCUCUCUAUCUUUCUUUCUUUCUCUAUUUCUCUCCCCAUAUUUCCCCUCACCCGUCAUCUCUCCCUCGGCCGUUGACACAAACCAGUCAUCUGGUCCCAGGUUCCAGCCCCGGCCCCAACCAACUCCAGCCCCUGCUGCAGUCCGAGACCAGGGCAGUGUGGUGGUGGUGGUGUUGGUUACAUGGCCGUGGUUAUCACACUGCAGAGCAUGGAGAUUAGGCAUGGCUCUGUCUUUAGUCUCAACUCCAGACAUCUGGCCCUGCUUUCUGAAACCUGUCACACAUACAGUUACUAAUCUCUGGUGUGUGAGGCAGAGAGUUGAGCUGUCUAGUCAGUCCAUGUGCUGGAAAGAUUGUGUGUUAUUGAUACCUUCUAACGUACCUUUAUGAACCCUUACAUUCUCUCUCUGGCCAAUUGGUGACGUUCAUUGAUUGAUUCAGAGUCUAUGUUUCAGAACUUGAAGACACUGCUGCUAGAGGUCUAUUCUCAGUCCCUAAUGACACCCUAUUCCCUUUAACCAGGGCCCAUAGGCCACUGGUCAAAGUAGUGCACUAUAUAGGGAAUAGGGUGCCAUUUCGGACACAGCCCUAGUGUUUCAGAAGUAACAGAAGUUCUUCAGAAGAGUUAGAGUGGGCUUAGCUACAGCACAGCACAACACAGCAUAGGACAGUUGAGUAUUACAGUCCAGUUGAUUACAGCAUAGUACUGCCUAGGAGAGUACAUUGAGUAAGGAAGGGAAGGGACCAUAUUACAUGGCCAGUUAAAGUCAGACAACGUCUUCCUCUGUAGCCCGUGUUGGAUUCCGGGGAUCCGACUGUUUCUCCCUGUGUUUACCACUGGUUUCCACGACGACCCCAUCUCCGAGUGUCUGGCUGUUGGCCCGGGCGGACUGUUAUGGUUACGUUAGGAGGCGUUGUUUUGGUUCGGGUUCGUUCUUUUCUUUUUGCACGUUUAAAUCGCUGCUUGCUACAGAGUCAGUGGUGACAUCACCAGGGAUGACCUCAGCGCAGCGAGGGAGGACAACGCAGUCUGAUUGCCUGAGAGCCAAAAACAUUACAUCAUCACAUCGCACCCCAGCCCCUUCUGUGGCGCAUGUCUCUCCCUCCGCUCAAUCUAUUACUUUUCCCCUCGCUUUUCUUUCCCCCUAUACUUUCCAUCUUUCUGUCUCUGUCUCACUCUAUCACUCUAUCACUUUUAUUGAACCUCCAUCUCUCUUUCUAUUGCUUUAUCUCACCGUACUUUCCAUCUCUUUCUCAGCUACAUCGAACUUUCUCCCUUUACAUCUCAAUCUCUUUCUUCUUUCAGUCUCUCCCUCAUCCUCUCCACUCUACCGCUCUCCCAUGUUUCUCUCUCUUUUCUCUGUCCCUGAUCUGAGACCAGUGUAGAGGCUGGUUACUGAGGUUCUCUGACAUCUCACUAUGUCUUUCUCCCACUGAUCUCAGACCUGUCCCUGGGCCCCUCUCCUCCCUACUGCACCUGAGGAACAACAGACAGAGACAGCCCCUGGCCGCCUCCAUGCCUGGCACCCUACCAGACCCAGCCAUGCAGGGAGCAUCUGCCCAGCACAUGUCUGUGAGUACAUACAAAGUUACUGACACUGGCCUUCUUUAAUGAGCCUAUACUUGAGAAAUACCUAUUUCUUGUUACAUUGCUAUUACCAAGUCCUAGUAUUACAUUGUAAUUAUCUAGUGAUUACCCUUUGGAACUGAUUGAAGUAGGAAGCAUUUACCGGCUGUAUAGAUUUCAAUAGAUUUGACUUGUUUUCAAGGUGAAAUUGUGUAGAAAUAAUUAGUGAUUUGUUAUGUUCCUCAGAUGGAAAGACAGAUGUCUAUGGGAUCCAGUAUGAUGAGCAUCCAAGGUCCCGCCCAAAACACUUCCUGCUCUUCACCU